CAAUUCUUCACGGAGAAGAUGAACGUGCCUUUGCAAGAGAAUGUUGCGCUGCUAUCAUCAGACGAGGGCGGCGGCAGCUCAGACACCCGCUCCGACAGCAGCGAGGACGAGGUCACGGAACACGUGCCGCGGUCCACGCCCCCACCAAUCAUGGCUGCCGCUAGAGCACAGGUGCCAACCAUCAGCGUAACGCCGCACAGUCCAGGCGUGCUGGAUGACAGCUUACAGCAACUCCGGAGGCUACAUGCGGCCGUACAGCGUAUGAGAGCGGCGCCAUUGCCUUUACUGGCAACUGGCAGCAGUAGACUCAGCACAUCAUGCCCGUCGCUGUGCAAAGAUGGCGCCCCGGAAGCAGAGUGUUCUUCACCCACACACCUGGACUUCUAUCCGCAGAGCAGGAAAGGCAGUGUGUGUCUAUCAGGCGAGUCGCGGCAAUGGGGCCUGUGGGAGCGUCGCGACGAAGGUCGCAGGAGUUCCUGGGCGGCGCUCGAGCCCACCGCGCACAGGCAGCGGAACACACUGAAUGGGCACAGCGCGUCGCUUUCCUCCAUGGAAUCGGAGGGGGAAGUCCCGAGGCCCGUGCGACACUCCACACACUCGCUCAACGACAAUGAUCUCGCGAAGGACUUCGAGAAGGUGACAGCCGCGCUUAGGGCGGGCGGAGUGGCCGCGGCGCCGCCGCAUCCCGCGGCGGAGGGCGGGCGGCUGGCGGCACGCCUGCCGCUGCAGAAGUCUGUCUCCACGCCCAGCAUCGUGGCCGCCGUGCAGCCGCCGCAGCCGCAGCCGCCCAUCGCCAUCUUGUCCGGCGCGGGUGCGAGCGAGACGGAGAGUGACGAGGACGCGUCGGCGGCGACAGUAGGCGCCACGCCCCAACUGCCCGGACGACGGAAUAACGCCCACCAAGAACAUUUGGGCUUACACCGCCUGGCGUUCUUAGAACAAGCGGCCUACGACCAUCAUGCCGAGAAGCGACGGAAACGUGGAAGUCUUUUCUUCAGGAAGAAAAAGGACAAAUCCCGUAAAGCGUCUCACGCUUGGCUCGCGGCCGGUAGCGGAGGAGACUGCGACUGGUGUGGACGCGCCCUUACUGACAAACCCUCGCUUUACUGCGAAAAUUGUACCAUGACAGUGCAUCAAAACGUAUGCAAAGACUACAUUGUAGAAUGCAAUAAACCAAAAACAUCAAAGACGUCUGUCGGAAAAUCGUUAAGCGCGAACAGUGGCAAAAGCAGUAAACGGAGCUCUGUUUCUGGCCAGUCUCAAAACUCUAAUAGCACAAGCCACACGUAUAACGACGACAAAGACGGGUCAGACCACAAACACGAUCAGAGCAAUGCAUCAGACGACGCCGGCGUGACGGAGUGGCCUGAGGUGUACCUAACACCAGAUCAGCUAGGCGACGAAGCAACGGCGCUGGGACUGGGCGCUUCCGAGCCUGACACCUGGGCGGCCGGUGCACCUAAGGGGCUGGCCAAAUCAUUAGGAGAAAGAGAAACGAAACGUCAAGAACACAUUUAUGAAUUAAUACUGACUGAAAAACACCACUGUCUCACUAUUAGGCUUAUGCAAAAAAUGUUCGUAGAAGGAAUGCUCCGAUUCAGCGGCGUAUCAGGUUCGCAAGUCGCGCGAAUGUUCCCCCGGGUUGACGAGCUAUGGGCUUUACACGCGGCGUUGCUUACGAGGCUACGAGCGAGGCAGAGGGCAGCACCGGCGGUGUCUUCUGUGGCUGAUAUAUUAGCUGAGACCUUCGCACCGCCGGCGCAUCAGAAACUAAAGGCUGCUUAUGGCGAAUUCUGCUCGCGGCACCACGACGCGGUGGAGGUGUUUAAGGAAUGCUGCACUCGCGAGCCGCGCCUCGCUCGCUUCAUACGCAAGUGCCAACAGAACCCCAUGCUUCGGAAGAAGGGCGUGCCAGAAUGCGUGCUAUUCGUAGCGCAGCGGCUGACGAAAUACCCGCUACUGCUCGAACCGCUGCUCAAGACCGCUGGCGACGACGUCCACGAGAGAGAGCUAUUGCAAAAAGCGCUUUGUGGAGUCAAGGAAAUCCUAGUCGACGUGGACAACCAAGUGGCAGCAAAAGAGCGCGAGGACCGCAAACUAGAGAUAUACCACCGGAUCGACGCUAAAUCCUUCGCCAACUUCAGGGGACGCAAGUUCAAGAAGAGCGACAUACUGCAGGGGAAUAGGAGUCUCAAGUUCGAAGGAGUAGCGACGUUAAUGCAAGGCCGUAGCAAGAUGCAGACGCUACUCGUCAUAGUGUUAACUGAUGUGCUUUUCUUCCUACACGACAACAACAACAAAUAUACGUUCUUCACGCCUGACAAUAAGACCGGUGUGGUAUCGCUGGUAAAACUACUAGUGCGGGAGAAAGCUGGUGCCGAAGGCCGAGGACUCUACCUCAUCUGCAGCGGGCCGGCCGAACCAGAGAUGUUUGAACUGCGCGUGCACCGGCCCAAGGACAUUAGCGCUUGGAUCACGCACAUAAGAGCCGCCGUACAGAACUGUCCGGAAGAAGAGAAGGAACCGGAUGCGCAUUCGCUCGCGCCAUCUGCCGACGAGCGACAGAGACAACUGGAAGCGAGGCAGGAGAAUAUUAUGCUCAUCACAGAAGCGUUAAGAGCUAAGGACAGAGAACACGCGACACUGCUAGAAGAGAAAAUGGCGUUACACAUGAAAAUGGUCGCGCACACAGGAAACUACGCUCUCGACGUGCCAAAUACAGGAGUAACCACAGUGUUCCCGGGUGGUUUGGUGUUCCCGGAAUACGUGCGUCUAGCCGCGCCCUCGCCUGACACGCAUGCGCUGUGGCAACAAGUCUGCCAGGUCGUCAAGGUAUGAUUCUUUUUAUUUCUUUUAUAAUGGAAGAAACCUUUUUUUAGGCACUAGUCGCAACAGGUCAGAUGGGCUACUCCGUA